AGAAACGAAAAACACGAAUAAAUAGCGUAGAUUUUUCAGCGAAGUGGUGACGAAGACAGAGCUUCGGGUGAAACUCGUUCAUGGCUUCUUGAGGCUGAGGAGAGCUAUCCAUGGCGUCUUCGCUUCCCAGUUGCUCGUUCUACUGCCGCUCUGCUUCCGCACCCACCAUCCACAACUUCGCCAAUCGCUUCUCCUUACCUUCUUCGACCUCCACACUUGGUGGCUGGAGCCGACUUUCGGUUCGCAGAGAUUGGCACGCCUUCGAAGCGCGUGCCAAGUUCGAGAAGUUCCAGGGAGAGGAGGUGGGUGAUGACGUCGAAGUGGGUGUGUUGAAUUCUCCAGAGUCCCAAGAAGAAGGAGCAAUUAUGGAAGGAGAUGACGAGGACGACAGCUGCUUGCCUUCUGAUUUGGAGGGUGCGGUCCGGCAAUCAAGUGAAGCAAGUGCCUCAUUCUUGUCUUCUGGAGGGACGAGAGCCAUAGUAGAGCUCUUAAUCCCGCAACUGCAAUUCCUGGAUGAUGAAGGUGCACAAGCUGAACUUUGGGAACUGUCAAGGGUCUUCUUGGAUACGUUAAUUGCAGAAACAGGAUGUCAGAGAAUCAAAGCUGUAUUUCCAGAUGCUGGUGCUGCUGCUCUUCUAAAGUAUCGAUGGCAAGAUGCAGCCUUUGGAUUCUCCAGCUUAAGUGAUCGAAAACCAGUGGAAAAAGAAGAUGAGAUCAUAGUUAUGGUUGUUCCUGACUAUCAGAUGUUGGAGUAUGUGGAACGGAUUGCAUCUGAUCUCUCAGAUGACCCGCCAAGGCCCCUCAUCAUGUGGAAUCCACGCCUUAUCAGUGAAGAUGUUGGAGUAGGGUUUAAUGUCCGAAAGUUGCGGCGAUACUUCUUGAGCACUUUUACGACGGUAUAUUCAAUGAGACCCCUCCCAUCUGGCGCUGUAUUCCGUUGUUACCCUGGAUUGUGGAAGGUUUUUUAUGACGAUAAGGAUAGGCCAAACCGAUAUUUACUUGCCAAAGAAAUGGUUAGUCGUCCGGAUGCAGAAGAACUUGAGAUAAUUUAUGGAGAUGUGGAAGAGUCUGAGAAGGGUCCAUCCUUCUUCAAUGCAGCAGCCGGAAUUUUCUCGUCAUUAAAUCGAUUUGUGAAAGCCAUUUCAAAGUAAUGCUCAUAUAACUAAGUGUAUCCUGUUGUUUUUAAUAGGUAUGUAACUUUGUAGAA